ACCGCCAACAGACAAGAAAAGGGGGAUGAAGAAGUCAGAAACAGGACGCUGCGUCUAAUCUGAGAACCUGCAGCCUGCUGAACAUCAAUAAACCUAUUUAGCUUCUGCCUAAAUAACAGACUCUCCGUCUCUCCUACAUAUCUGCUGAGAUCACGGACAGCUGGACUUGAAUUGGGUCCAUCAAGUUCGCUGAAGUUUCUCCCUUCAUCCACUCAUCAUGGUGGACUACUACCAGCUUUUAGGAGUACAGAGAGACGCGUCUGCAGAUGACAUAAAGAAAGCGUACCGAAAGCUUGCCCUGAGGUGGCACCCUGAUAAAAACCCAGAGAACAAGGACGAGGCUGAGAAGAAGUUCAAGGAGCUCUCAGAGGCUUAUGAAGUUCUGUCAGAUGCCAACAAGAGGAGCAUAUAUGAUCGCUAUGGUAAAGAGGGACUGACCGGGAGCAACGGAGGAAGAGGGGGCCAUUUCCACAAUGGAGAGCAUUUCCACGAAGCGUUCACAUUCCGCAACCCAGAAGACGUCUUCAGGGAAUUCUUCGGUGGCAGAGACCCAUUUGCAGACUUUUUUGGUGCAGAUCCAUUUAGUGAUGAUCCAUUUUUUGGCAGUGGCCGGCGGCACCAAAGUCGGGCGAGUCGCAACCGGACAGGUGGCUCAUUUUACGGGGGCUUUGUUGGUUUUCCUCCCUUUGGUGCUGGCUUCUCACCUUUUGACCCAGGCUUCGGUUCUUUUGGCUCCAUGAGCACCAUGGGUCACAUGGGUCACAUGACAACCAUGGGCAGUCUGGGUGGUGGUGGCUUCACCUCGUUCUCUUCCAGCUCCUUUGGGGGAGGAGGGGGAGGAGGGAUGGGGAACUUCCGCUCUGUGUCCACUUCCACCAAGAUCAUCAACGGCAGGAAGGUCACUACUAAAAGAAUUGUGGAGAACGGUCAGGAGCGGGUGGAGGUGGAGGAGGAUGGGCAGCUCCGGUCAUUAACCAUUAAUGGUAAGGAGCAGCUGCUGCGACUGGAACACAAGUAAAGAUGGAAGCGUCCUCUGCUGGAGAAGUGUUACCUCAGCACAAACACACCAACAAACUUGAGCUCGGAACAGAAAGAAAAAAGCAACAAAACAAUGUAAUAAUAGUGCUCUACUGUUGUUUGGAUGUACAUACUUAGGUUGUGUUUAUUUCCCCUCAUGUCCUCUCCCUGCUGACUCUCAUUUGUUAACCUCCGAUUCAAAUCAGAGGAUUUGGAUGCAGACUUUUCUAUGCAUUUUGUUAUGUAUUUCUGAAUUGGAGCUGUCCUUAUAUUUUGGCUCAGGGUGGUGUUAUUGUUUCAGUGUUUGGGACCACAGUAUUGUUCUGAUGUAUAUGACCUGACCCCCCCAUUCCAGUACUUUCUGUAUUCACUCCACUGUGUGUCUGUCUGUGUGCGCACACUGUGUUCAGAAAACAAAGCAUGACUUUGCUUUUUCAUCUGAAUAGUAAAAAAAAAAAAAAAAAAAAAAAAAAAUUUGAUUGUGAAAAGUGGGUAAGAAUAACUGGAAUAACUGGAGCAUCUUCCCCUCUCUGCCCCCCGUUAAAAUUCUUUUUAUUAAAAAAAUACAAUGCUGGUAGGAUGAGUUAUGCAAUUUUAUAUGUUCUAAUACCAAUGUGUUUUUGUUUAUUUAAUAAUGCAUGUACACCUGUUGAUGUUGAGUCUUAAUGUUAAAGCUGCAUUAUGAUGCACAAAUAAUGGAAGGCAUUCUAUAAAUGCUAUGUGGAUAUAGAAGGAAUUUUGUGUACUUUGUAAACCAAUAAAUCUGAGUUUCGUCCUGUUUUCAGGAUGCUGA